AUGACAAGGACAACUGCAACGAUGGACUUUUAUGAAAUUCUUGCGCUGCCUUUCACGGGGUCUUCAUCUACGGCACCCUCGAAACAGCAGAUCAAGCUUGCAUACCACAAGGCAUUGCUGAGACACCACCCUGAUAAAGCCGCUACUGUUGCAACGGAGACGGAAAACGGAUCGGCUUCUUCGUCCAAAACCCCAGCCAGUACCGAUCCGCGCGUUCCUUAUACCAUCGACCAAAUCACUACCGCCUACAAGACCAUCGCAGACCCCGUCCUCCGCGCCGAAUAUGAUCGCGCUCUCCGGUUGGAUAGGCUUAAGGUUGCAGAGCGGGAGAAGACCGGGGACGUUUUUCAUACUGGGCUGGAGAUUGUGGAUUUAGAGGAUCUUGCGUGUGACGAGGGCGACGACGGCGACCUCUGGUACCGUGGUUGCCGGUGUGGUGAUGAGCGCGGGUUUUCGGUUACCGAGGAGGAUCUGGAGAGAGAGGCAGAACAUGGCGAAAUUGUUAUUGGGUGCCGCGGGUGCAGUCUCUGGCUGAAGAUUCUGUUCGCUGUUGAAGGGGACGAGGGGUGA